AUGUCGAAAAACGCAACCACUGCCGAGGGCUGGGACGAAGAAUAUGAAGCCGGGCGCUGGGCCUUUCUGCGCUCGCUGCCCGAAAGCGGACGAUACGGCAUCAUCGGCAUGUGGCUGUCACUGACGGGAUCCAUGGACGAGGUCCUGGACAUCGGCUGCGGCGAGGGGCUGCUUUAUGAGCGUCUUCAGCCGAUGGGUAUCAGGCGUUAUGUUGGCAUGGACCUGUCUCCGGCAUCACUUGAAAUAGCUAACGUCGACCCCGGGAUCGCCUCGCUGCGCGCUGGCGACAUGCAUUCCUUCGAGCCGAAGGAAGGCGAAACAUUCUCCGCCAUCGUCUUCAACGAAGUGCUGCAUUUUGCCGACGACCCGGCUGCUGUUGUCAGCCGCUACGUGCCGUUCUUGAAAAAGGACGGCGUUAUCGCGCUCUCCAUGUAUUCCCCGAAAAAGCCGGAAUCAGGCGCCAACAAGCUGAUCAACAGCCUGUGGGCGGCAACCGAUGAAGGAGCGAAAUGGGACGUGCUCGACGACUACCGGCUCGUGUCGGACAAAAAGGGUGUCACCUGGCGCAUGCGACUGGUGAAGCCGGUGGGAUAG